GCCGUCCGGGCCGCCGGCCUCCGGGCCAAGUGGAGACCGAGCGUGGGGGUCCAGGUCGCCGCAGCCGGCGGGCUGCCUGCCAGCCUCGUCACCUUUCCCGCCGAGCCCAAGUGAAGGGGUGCGGGAAGAGCCAGGGAGGGCGCCGGGGCUCCGCAGGGAGCUCCGCGGACGCGAGCCCGGGCCGCGCUCACCAUGGGGGAGGUGGAGAUCUCGGCCCGGGCCUACGUGAAGAUGUGCCUGCACGCCGCCCGCUACCCUCACGCCGCCGUCAACGGCGUGUUGCUGGCGCCGGCGCCGCGGUCGGGAGGAUGCCUGUGCCUCACCGAUUGCGUGCCCCUGUUCCACAGUCACCUGGCCCUUUCCGUCAUGCUGGAGGUCGCCCUCAACCAGGUGGAUGUGUGGGGCGCGCAGGCCGGCCUGGUAGUGGCUGGGUACUACCAUGCCAAUGCAGCUCUGGACGACCAGAGCCCUGGGUCCCUGGCCUUGAAAAUUGCUGGGCGGAUUGCAGAAUUCUUCCCUGAGGCAGUACUUAUUAUGUUGGAUAAUCAGAAAUUGGUGCCUCAGCCUCAUGUGCCCCCAGUCAUCGUACUGGAGAACCACAGUCUCCGCUGGGUCCCCAAGGACAAGAAUUUAGUGAUGUGGAGGGACUGGGAAGAGUCACGGCAGAUGGUGGGUGCACUACUGGAGGGUCGAGCCCAUCAGCACCUUGUAGAUUUUGAUUGCCACCUUGAUGACAUCCGACAGGAUUGGACCAACCAGCACCUCAACACCCAAAUCACCCAGUGGGUUGGUCCCACCAAUGGAAAUACCUGAGUGAGGGCUGGGGUGGGGGGUUGAGUCGGGGUGGGGGUCAGAAUCCAAUAAACAGACUUGGGCUGAUGGGCAGUCAUAUGACUUAUAUUUAUUGUGUUUGGGAGACAAAGUGAGGGAGAAACCUCACCAGGAAGUAGAAGGUGAGGGAAAGUCUGGACUGUCCCGUAAAGGACAGGAAGGUCUCUUUUGGACUCAUCACAAAAUGAGAAGCUCUCAAUAGAUCAUUCCUUUUGUUUCUCCCCUGGGCUUCUUGAGCUUCUCGAAGUUCUUCAGGAUGAUGUCAUCUAACACAGCCUAUAGGGCCAGGGAGGAGUAGGGGGUCAGCUGUAGGCCCCAGUGGCUCUAUGCCCCAUUUCUAGUCUUGUGGAACAGUUGAGCUUUGUCAUUCUUCACCCCCAGCCUGCAGGGUUAGGAAGUGGGUGUCCUGGGAAAGCUGCCUCCACCCACCCCUGCCCUGGCCUCCUCACAUAAGCGUUGCGGAUCUCCAUGACCAUCAGCCGGAUGUCCCGGUACUCUGCCUCAUCUAGCUCAUGCACCAGCUGCCGGUAAUCACCCUGUGGGAGACUUGGGUCAGGCUUGACUUCAAAUGUGCCCUUCCCCCUACAACCCCCUGUGCCUCACCUACCACGUGGGGCUGCUUGGCUGCUUUGGCCACGGCAUCGCCCCGCUCAGAGAAGUACCUGUGGGAAGUAAAAGGAUGUGCAGUGGGAGAAGGCGGCAGCCCAGGCCCUCUGUCCAAGCCAAAGGCAGAGUGUGCAUGUGGGUGCUGGUGGGCAGUCACUCACUUGGAGAUUUGAGUGUGGAAGCCUUCCAGCUUGGUGUGAAUACUGGUCAUCAGCUCAAACACCUUCUCCUGGGGAACAAAGGCAAAGGGGACAGUGGAAAGCAGCAGAGACUAGAGAGGGAGGGAGGGCAGGAGUGGGGCUGUGAUCUCACCUGGACAGCCACUCCAAAGUUGUUUCCAUCCUCAAUCCGAGGUAUCUGCAGCUGCAACCAGGUGGUGACCUGGGAGAAGGGAAUGGCAUGAAAGCCGCAUCAGCCUUCAACCCAAUUCCUAGCUGCCUAUCCUUCCUUGCUUCCCUGCCCACAGUGAGUGGAGGUAUGCUUGGUCCAUCCUGAACCCCAAGGCCUGGACUAACGACUUCCCUUGCUGUGCCCGCUUCUGCUAAGAUCUGGCAGGUUAUUUCCUAUCCAGCAGGAGCCAAGGAGGAAAAAGGGUUACUGAAGCCUGGGGGUGGAUGUGGGAGCACUCACUAGGUUAAGUUUCUCAAUGACAUCCUUGAUUUCAGGCUUUAGGCGCUGCAGAAGGACCACGAUCUUCUCAUUGCAGCUCACUGGGCCACAGGGAGGACCUAGGGCAUGGGCAGUGGUCAGUCACAUGGCUGGAACUGUGUGCGAGGCGGGGAAGGGAGGAUCUCUGGGGAGCUGAGAUGCAAGUCCCUUGCCAUUAUAGAGGUACCUUUGUCUUCAUCUUCCCCUUUCUUUUUUUCAUCCUUGUCUUCCUUCUGCAAGGAGAGAGGGCUUCUUGGGAGAGAGGCCUAAGACUGAUUUUCCCUGUGGCUGGGUCCCUCCUCCCAGUCCUUCCCAACUUGCCUCCUGCUGUUUUUUCCGCUCCUCCUUUUCUUUCUCCUUGGCUGGAUCAGGCACUGGGAUGUCCAAAAGGGCCUUCAGACUGCUCAGGUUAGUUUCAUUGAGCGCUGGCUCCUGGUGCAGGAUGGGAAGAUGGCUGGAGAUAAGGACGACCCUCUCAUGGCCCCUCAGACUCUCUCCUUCACCCCUACUCUCUAGCUUCCUGCAUGCCCCGUACCUUUAGAAACGCAUCCAACUCAGAAAUCUUCUUGGGGAAGUAGCUUCCGAGGAGAUGCUCUGUCUGCAUGAGGUGGGCGUGGGGGACAAGGAGGUCAGAAUCAAAUGCCUUCCGUAGGCAGUGAAGCAGGGGAGAGCCAAGCAGUGGGAACUGGGGAGGGAUGGGGUGCUGAUGGGCAGGUCUUACCAUGGCACAUAGGUCUUCACGGAACAUAUCCACCUGUGGGACAGACAGUCCUCAAACACCUGGCUUUAUGGCCAGUUCAUUGGAGGAAACUUCACUUAGGUUGGGUAAGGAAGGCCUGGCCACGGGGAGGGUGGAAUGGAUCCCGCGGGGCUGGUUUGGGGGACAGAACAUUUCCUGGCGGUGAGGGGCAAGUGGUUUAAGUGGGAGCAGACCCCUUGGGUCUCCAACUGGGGCGGGGGCCGAGUGCCCCGCGGAGUGAGCUUGGGGCCAUCUGUAUGAAAG